ACUUUUUUCUGCUGUUGAAUUAUUUAAAUUAGCGAAUAUCAUGUUUCAUGUGUCUUCUUCCCACCAGAACAACCUCCUGUUCAAGCUCAUGGACCGGUUUCAAUGAUAACCCAACCCUAGAUCGCAAAUUUUAUAACCUGAACUGGAUGAAGGAUAUACCUGAGAAUACUUCAGUGUCUGCUAUCUCCAUUCCAGGAACACACGAAAGCUUAUCAUUAUAUGGAGGACCACUUGUUAAAUCUCAAAUUUGGACCUUAAAAGACCAACUUAAUGUAGGAAUACGGUAUUUUGAUGUGCAUGCUGGGAUUUGGCUGCCCAACCAAAAACAUGUUUAUAUCCAGGAUAGACACUGGAUGUUCUGGCAACACAUUCGAUUGGAUGAAGUCCUCAAGAUCAUUUUAGAUUUCUUAAAAGAUAGUACUGACACUGUGCUGUUGAAAGUGACACUACAUAGGUUAUACAAAAGCAAAGUUGAAGUACUAAUGAAGCAAUUGAUUGAAAAGAACAAAGAUAAAAUAUGGACUAUGUUGUCGGUACCAAACAUGCAACAGGCAAGGGGAAAGAUUGUUUUUCUGCAAAGUAACACUGGCAUUGCUGGAACAGAAAACCAUGAAUCUUUUUUCUUUGAACAUGAAAAGCUAAAUAAUGUUGAAGGGAACAUAAAGCGAAUCAAGUCACACCUAUGUGACCAUCACAUUGUACUGACUGAUAGUAUAGCAUCAAGGCUUGAAAGUCCUAAAACAUUGGCCAAAAAAGUUAACAAGCAGCUUUAUGACUUUGUGGUGCAGCAUGAGAAAAGCUCCUUAAACCAAGGUUGCUUAGGUGUCUUGAGCAUGAACUUCCCCAGUGCUGAUCUUAUUGAAAACAUCAGUCAACUCAAAACAUGCAGUUGUAGUAAAGCGGCAGAAACGGGACAUAGACAUGAAGGAGAGAUUCCUCAAACAACAAUCAAGCCACAAACUGUAGAGGACAUAGUGACAACACCUGAAGCUGGCAAUAGACCUGAAGCAUUAACACAAUAUGGGCAGGUUUCAGAACUAUCUUCUAAACCUAAACCUGCAACAGAAUCACCAACAUCUGGGCAGCAUUCUGAACCAAAACCUGAACCACCAUCUGUUACAGAAUCAACCACAUCUGGGCAGGUUUCUGAACCAUCAUCUGAACCAGAGCCAGCACUAGAAUUGCCAACAUCUGGAAACGAUCCUCAACCAUCCUCUGAACUAGCACCUGUUACAGAAUUAAUCACAUCUGGGCAGGUUUCUGAACCAACACUUGAACCGGAUCCUGCAACAGAAUUACCAACAUCUGAACUGGAUCCUGAACCAUCCUCUGAACCAGCACCUCCACCAGCAUCCACAACAUCAGGGCAAGAUUCAGAACCAUCAUCUGAACCAGAGCCAGCACCAGAAUGGCCAACAUCUGGACAUGAUCCUGAACCAUCCUCUGAACCAGCACCUGUUACGGAAUCACCAACAUCUGAGCAGGAUUCUGAAUCAACACCCGAACCAGCACCUGCAACAGAAUUAUCAACAUCAGGGCAAGAUUCAGAACCAUCAUCUGAACCAGAGCCAGCACCAGAAUUGCCAACAUCUGGGCAGGAUUCUGAGCCAACACCUGAACGAGAGCCUGCAACAGAAUUACCAACAUCUGGAGAGGAUCCUAUACCAUCCUCUGACCCAACAAAUUCACCAACAUCUGGGCAGGAUUCAGUACCAACACCCAAACCAGAAACUGCAACAGAAUUGCUAACAUCUGGGCAGGAUUUAGGACCAACACCUGAACCAGAUUUGCCAACAUCUGGACAUGAUCCUGAACCAGCAUCUGUUGAAGAAUCACCAGCAUCUGUUAAAGAAUCACCAACAUCUGGUGAAAGUUCUGAUCCAACAGCUGCACCAGAAUCGCCAACAUCUGAACAUGAUACUGAACCAUCAAUUGACCCAGCACCUGCAACAGAAUCACCAACAUCUGGGCAGGAUUAUGAACCAACACCGGAACCACCAUCUGUUACAGAAUUAACCACAUCUGGGCAGGUUUCUGAACAAACACUUGAACCGGAUCCUACAACAGAAUUACCAACAUCUGAACUGGAUCCGGAACCAUCCUCUGAACCAGCACCUCCACCAGCAUCCACAACAUCAGGGCAAGAUUCAGAACCAUCAUCUGAACCAGAGCCAGCACCAGAAUGGCCAACAUCUGGACAUGAUCCUGAACCAUCCUCUGAACCAGCACCUGUUACAGAAUCACCAACAUCUGAGCAGGAUUCUGAAUCAACACCCGAACCAGCACCUGCAACAGAAUUAUCAACAUCUGGGCAGGAUUCUGAGCCAACACCCGAACCAGAGCCUGCAACAGAAUUACCAACAUCUGGACAGGAUCCUAUACCAUCCUCUGACCCAACAAAUUCACCAACAUCUGCGCAGGAUUCAGUACCAACACCCAAACCAGAACCUGCAACAGAAUUGCCAACAUCUGGGAAGGAUUUAGAACCAACACCUGAACCAGAUUUGCCAACAUCUGGACAUGAUCCUGAACCAGCAUCUGUUAAAGAAUCACCAACAUCUGGUGAAAAUUCUGAUCCAACACCUGCACCAGAAUCGCCAACAUCUGAACAUGAUACUGAACCAUCAACUGACCCAGCACCUGCAACAGAAUUACCAACAUCUGAACUGGACCCUGAACCAUCCUCUGAACCAGCACCUCCACCAGAAUCCACAUCACCAGGGCAAGAUUCAGAACCAUCAUCUGAACCAGAGCCAGCACCAGAAUCGCCAACAUCUGGACAUGAUCCCGAACCAUCCUCUGAACCAGCACCUGCAACAGAAUUGCCAACAUCUGGGCAGGAUUCUGAGCCAACACCUGAAACAGAGCCUGCAAAUGAAUUACCAACAUCUGGACAGGAUCCUAAACCAUCCUCUGACCCAACAAAUUCACAAACAUCUGGGCAGGAUUCAGAACCAACACCUGAACCAGAUUUGCCAACAUCUGGACAUGAUGCUGAACCAGCAUCUGUUAAAGAAUCACCAACAUCUGGUGAAAGUUCUGAUCCAAUACCUGCACCAGAAUCGCCAACAUCUGAACAUGAUACUGAGCCAACACCUGACCCAGCACCUGCAACAAAAAAGAAUUACCAACAUCUGAAGUGGAUCCUGAACCACUACCUCCAGCAGAAUCCACCACAUCAGGGCAAGAUUCAGAACCAUCAUCUGAACCAGAGCCUGCAACUGAAUUACCAAAAUCUGGACAUGAUCCUGAACCAUCGUCUGAACCAACAUCUGUUACAGAACCACCCACAUCUGGGCAGGAUUCUGAACCAACACCUGAACCAGAACCUGAUUCUGAGCCAACACCUGAACCAGAGCCUGCAACACAAUUACCAACAUCUGGACAGGAUCCUAAAUCAUCCUCUGAACCAGCACCUCCACCACAAUCUACAACAUCAGGGGAAGAUUCAGAACCAUCAUCUGAACCAGAGCCAGCACCAGAAUCGCCAACAUCUGGACAUGAUCCUAAACCAGCACCUGCAACAGAUUCACCAACAUCUGGACAGAAUUCUGAACCAACACCAGAGCCAGUACCAGCAUCGCAAACAUCUGGACAGGAUCCUAAACCAGCACCUGCAACAGAUUCACCAACAACUGGGCAGGAUUCUAAACUAA